GCACGCUGCCGUGGGAGCUAGUCAGACCCUGGCCAGAUGGUCAUGGCUUUUUUUCUCUCCCAUCGUUACCCCUUCCUAAGAUGCAGCUGUUCCCCGGGAGGACAGGAUGAUCAAGUUCAAGGAGGCAGUAACAUUCAAGGAUGUGGCCGUGGUCUUCAGUGAGGAGGAGCUGGGGCUGCUGGACGCUGCCCAGAGGAAGCUGUACCAUGACGUGAUGCUGGAGAACUUCCGGAUGCUGCUCUCAGUGGGAGCCAGGAAUCUAAAUGAGGUGGAGUCACUUCAGGAGGCAGGAUGGAGGCACCUGCCACAGGAGGAGCUUUUCUGCUCACGAAUCUGGCAACAAGUUACAAGGGAGUUAACCCAGGGUCGAGACUGCAGGGGGCACACUGGAGGAACUGGCUCUGUGUUGGGGAAACAGGAUGCUGUCCAGAGCGAAGAAGCGGAGUUCAGUAAACUUUCCAGUCAGAAUUCACAGCUGCAACUCCACUGUGGCAUGAACAGUGGUGAAGAACCUCACCAAGAGGAGAAAGACUCUAGCUGGGACUCUCAUCUUGAGGGGAACGGGAAAGCCCACGCAGGAGAGAGGAAGUACAGAUGUGAAAAAUGUGACAACUCCUUCUCCCGGCUAUCGAGCCUUCAAGCCCACCAGGUAAGCCACACCGGAGAGAAGCCGUAUAAAUGUGAGGAGUGUGGGAAGGGCUUCACUCGGGCCUCAACGCUUCUGGACCACCAGCGAGGCCACACUGGAAACAAGCCCUAUCAGUGCAGUGCUUGUUGGAAGAGUUUCUGUCACAGCUCAGAAUUUAACAAUCAUUUAAGAGUCCACACGGGAGAGAAACCCUACAUCUGUGAGGCGUGUGGGAAGGGUUUCAGCCAGGCCUCUCUUCUCCUGGCCCACCAGAGAACCCACACUGGGGAGAAACCCUACAAAUGUAACACGUGUGGGAAGGGAUUCAGCCGGAGUUCAGAUCUGAACGUUCAUUGUAGAAUCCACACAGGAGAGAAACCCUAUAAAUGUGAGAAGUGUGGGAAAUCCUUCAGUCGAGUCUCGAUUCUCCAAGUGCAUCAGAGAGUCCACAGUGAGGAGAAACCGUAUCAGUGUGCAGAGUGUGGGAAGGGCUUCAGUGUAGAGUCACACCUGCAAGCCCACCAGAGGUCCCACACUGGAGAAAGACCCUAUCAAUGUGAGGAGUGUGGAAAAGGUUUCUGUCGGGCAUCCAAUUUUCUAGCUCACCGUGGAGUCCACACAGGAGAAAAACCAUACCCAUGUAACGUGUGUGGAAAACGCUUCCGGCAGAGGUCCUACCUCCAAGACCACCACAGGGUCCACACUGGAGAGAAACCGUACAAGUGUGAGGAGUGUGGGAAAGUCUUCAGUUGGAGCUCAUACCUCAAAGCACACCACAGGGUCCACACUGGAGAGAAACCAUACAAGUGUGGGGUUUGUGGGAAAGGGUUCACCUGGAGCUCCGGUCUCCUGGUUCACCAGCGAGCCCAUGCUGAGGAUGAGGGUCACAGGGAUUUCCCUGCACCAGAGGACUCACCCAGGAAACAAACUCUAUAAGGUUUUAUGCUCUGAUAUUUCAGAAGGAAGCCGAAAUGUUCCAGUUCUCAGAAGCGUCAUGGGAGACAAAGGAGUUGGAUCACAAGAGGGUCAAUAUUUUAACAAUGAUAGGGAGACCACAGAACAAGGAAGCCUGUACGUUGGAGCCAUGCAGACUUCAUUCAGAACUUUGACCUUUAACAAGCUGAGACAGUAACUGCAGGAAAGUCGAGUGUGAUCUGGAGGUAUCUAAACAUCUUAGGACUGAAAGGACAAGAUCCUUUUGACAGGAGCAGAGUUUCUUAAGCUGCUAGUCACCACCUCAUGUGGGGCUGCAUAACCGAAUGUGGUGGCCACACGGUAUUUACAUACACUACAAGCUUUCUACAUAUCCAGUGACCCGAAACUCCCAAUUCCACAGGCAGUAAAUCUGAGGGCUUUCUGGCAGCUCUAACCCAAGCUGCGACUGUGUGACUUUACUGUUACCUUUCUCCGAACACCCAGCAUGAGCCCUGACCUCACCUGUCACCACACACUGCCCACAGGUGCUGCGUGAAGUCCCUCUGCUCAGGGCCGACGUUGUCUGUUAGGAAUUGCAGUGCUUUCUACUGUACGCACAGUUUCUGCUCUUGCAGAAGCAUAAUAGUUUACUUACAGUAUCUUCCUAUUCUCAUCCUUCAUACUUAAGUAUCAAACCAGUUAGCUGCAGAUUGUGUUGUGUCCCGGCCAGUGUGAUUUUAAACAUCCAAAUAGCUCCUCUUAUAGAAAAGUGUUCCACAGCAUUACUAUGCAAAUUUGCUUUUAUUAAUAAAGUAUCACUUAUUGAAAUUGUUUUGAAAUACAUUUCUUCCUGAUAAACAGUAAACGCUUGAGGUGUAUACCUACACUGUGUACCUAUAUUCCCGAGCAGUGCCUGAGACAUCAUAUGCCUUCAGUAACUCUUAAGUUAGCUUUGAGAAAAGCAGUCAUUUGACAUUUUUUAUUCAAUCUAUCUCUGACUAAAGUUUCUGUAAAAUUAUUCCUAGGAGGCUUGAAGGACAUUUAAGUUAUACACACAGGCCAAUUUUCCCAACCCUGUGGAGCCUGUGGACAAGUAUCUAUCAAGUUGAAGGUCUUCAUGCGUUCGUGGCUUGGGAAAUCAGUGGGCUGUGGCCAGCUUUUUGACAUGCUCGGCCUUCAUUGAAAUAUAUUUAUAUGUAGUCACACAUGCACACAUCUCAAUUUUAUUGCUUCCUGAAUUUUGACAAAUGUUUACGCUUCUGUGGUCAUCAACAUAGCUGGAAAUGAUGUUUCUAGUAAACAGAAAUGUGCCUCACGGCCGUUUCCAGUCAGUUCCACCUUCAGUGCCAACAAGCACUAUGGUUUCUGAACUGCAGCUAUGUUACGUCCAUUCUCAGGGCUCGUAUAGGCGCAGGAUGCUUUUGUACAUGGAGUCUGACCUCUCAGUUUAUUGAGGAAACAAUAUUCAGUGAGGUAAGAGGUCACUAUGGAAUCUCAGUGAAAGGACUUGAACGGAAUUGGACACAGUAGACACUUUGUUGUAUCAUUGUGGGUUUGGCAGAUGUUUCCUGUGGGGCAGCCCCCACUAUGGCAGUUAAGUUUCAGCAUCCUCGAUGAGUUCUUCUCCCACCUCUGCCCUUGACAACCACUGAUCCUGUUCUGUCUGUAUCCUUCGCUUUUUCCAAAAUAUCAUAAAUGUCAUCCUGUCCCGUGUGGCCUGUUGCAUCUAGCUUCUCCCGCUUGUAUAACUCCUUAAUUCAUCCAUUUUGUGUGUAUCCUGGGUGGGGGUUGCUAGAGAUUGCACCCAUGCCUCCAGCUCCACACAGAAGUGAGUGUUUUACCACUGCCCCCCAAUCCCCAGGCCUCAGUCAUUCCUUUUCUUUGCUAAAUAGUAUUCUUUUGUAUGGAUAUACCACAUUUGUUUGGGUUUCCAGGUUUGGUAAUGGGGUGGGGGGAAGCAGCUAUAAACAAUUGAAAACCAUGUCCUGUAUCAUGGUUUCCUUUGCCUUCAUUCAGAUUCAGAAUUAUUACUAUGUUGAUUAAUGGUAAAAAGAAUAUUUAAUUGUUACUAAAACCAGAGCUUUUAAACACA